GAGAGAGUGGGCAGUGAAUGGCAACCGAGGGAGACCACACCGUCCAGGGCCUUUGCGGUACAGCGCCGCAGAGAAGUGAGGCAGGACGUGAAACCAGUCCGGCCGCCUUUCCCUUUCGGCUGUGUUUUCCGGUAGAAGAGAAUAGAUCUUCUCGUAGUGAUGGGAUGGCCCAGUAGAGACAGAGAGGGGAUCAGGAGCAAGAGAAAGAGGCAUGCAGGGGAGUCCUUGAGAAGAUGGGGAGCUGUGCGGUCCUGGCUCAAGUGUCGUGGGACCCAGGGGAGGGAAGGACAGAGCGGCAGAGCUGCAGGGACCUGGAGGAGGGGUGGGUGGGGCCGGCCAUACUCCAUCUCUGGUCUCUGCUGCAGGUCCACAGGACGAGGUGUUCAGCAGUGCCUGACGGUGAAGCCGAGUCGGAGCUUGUGUGGCUGUGAUGCUGGGGCCGGAGGUGAGGACACAAGGGGAGCAUCACAGAGGGCGACCUGGGUGGAGACUGCAGGGCCUCGGCCCCUGGCUGGGCCGGCUCCGCUCUGUGCACUGCUCCUGGGUGCCUGAUCGCCUGGCCCAGGCCUCUUCCGGAAGCCCAGGGAACUCAGAGGGUGACUGAGAGCAGCCCUUCCACUCGGCUGGACAGUGACCCUUUAACCGCAGUUGGGAAGCCACUGUCUUCAGUGCAUGAGAAGUCCUUUCUUUCACAUGGACGUUUAUAACUGAAUCACUUGCAUGACAAAGUCUUUGCUGAAAGAAACCAGGAGCAGUCGAGAAGUCUGUUCUCACUGAGAAAGACACCCUCAGAGGGAGAGGGCAGCGUGCGAGCGCUUUGAGGCUGAGCCAGUCUGGAUUCCACAGCCCAACACCCAGAGCCGCACCAGGGCAGACACAAUGCGGUUUUCCAGCAGGAGCUGCUUCGCAGCCUCUGCGGGCAUCGCGCUCCUGUGGCUCUUCAUCACUCUGCAGAUCCCCAGGGGGGCUGAAGACGGCGGAGACGUGAUGCCCAUGAAAGGCCGAGCAGCACCCCGGCUCGCGGUUGGGAAUCGGAGUGCAGGGUGGGGAUGGCGAGGACAGAAGGAUUUCUGUUUGCCUUUGUCAAAGCCCCAGGAGACCAGUUAUGACAGGAAGAACCCGAGGCCACUGGAAGACUGGCACGCGGUCACCUUCAAAUAUACACAAAAAAUCCCAAAGAGAAGGAGGACGUGGCUGACAGUGGGGAUCUCCACGGUGUCACGGCAGGAUCCGAGCAGCCUCUUGUACACCUUGGCCUCCCUGUACAACGCCUCCUCCACGGCCGAGCAGAAGCGCCUCACCGUGCUGGUCCACCUGGCAGAUUCCGACCUCGCCUGGCUCAAAGACACCACUGCCCGUAUUUCAAGCCUCUUCAGCUCGCAGAUCCUGGCCGGGCAGUUGCUGCUGAUCCAUGCUCCGCCUGCUGCCUACCCCACUGUGAAUGGCAGCCCUGGUGCCGGUGCCGUUGCUGAGGCCGACCACGGGAAAGGCUACUCUAAGCAGAACGUAGACCACGCCUUCCUGAUGAGCUUCGCCGCAAAGCUCUCUGAUUACUUCCUGUUAAUAGGGGACACUGUCUUUUGUGCCCCCAAUUUUGUCACCCACAUUUAUUCCAAGGUGACCGCCCUGAAGCCCAGCCCGUGGGUGCUGCUGGAGUUCUCGAACGUGGGCCUCAUUGGCAAGCUCUUCCAUAGCAGGGACCUCCCUGCCCUGGCCCACUUCCUCCUCCUCUUCCACAAGGAGAAGCCCCUGGACAAGCUGAUCCUUCAUUUCCGCACCCUCCUGGUCCAGGAAAACCCGAUCCUCUGCAGACCAUUCCUCUUCUACCACAGAUCAUCCCGCCCCACCUUCGAUGGCAAGGAGGACACAGUCGUUCAGAAAAAGAACCCUUACGGCCCUAGCAACCCCCCUGCGUCUGUCUUCACCGAUAUGAACCUUUCUGGGACUCACUUCCCCUGGGAGGCCUACGCUCUGGACGAGUCGUUCUUCUGGACAAACGACAUCCGCCCGGGGAACCACUUGACGGUGGUUUUGAACCACCCAGCGAGGCUGAGCAGAGUGCAGGUGAUGACCGGCUCCAUCGUGGAAGGAAAGUUCGCCCUGAGCAAGGGGCAGGUGCAACUGGGCUACGACCCCCAGGGCAUGCCGCAGGACUGCGCCAGCUCUGAGCUGCUCGGCUGGCUGGUGGAGGGGCAGAUGGACCGGGAGAUCCCGCAGGAAAGCGCGUCAUACCCGGUGAGCUGCGUGAGGCUGGUGGUGAAAGCCCGUCAAGCUGGUGGUCUCAUGAUCAGGCAUAUCUACCUCUGGGAGAAAGAUGCCACGGAGGAAAAGAAGGAUCAGGGUCGAUGGUGAAAUCAGUAAGAGUACAACAAAUAAAACCGGGAGCUGUUUCAUUCUAGCCCGGAUGAGUGACACAGGGGAGGUAGGAGGGAAGGAAAGGCAGAGAGAAGACCCACUCUUUCGGUGCUACUAAGAUGUACUCUCCUAGGGUAUCUCCUAGGUAUCUUUCGGUCAUGCCUAAAAUCUAGAUUUCUGGGAUGCUUGAAUCAGCUCAAACACAGGGUAUUGUGUGUUCAUACACAGAGGUGGGGUGAGGCAUAAUGUAAGAAGAGAGUGAGUGGGGAAGUGAUGCAGAGUCUAGAACCGACGUCAUAAGAAAGCAGUCUUGGGGACUUAUGAAAAGCCUUUUGGAAGUUGUGGCACCCAUGCCUAGAUCUUCCAGGUCAUUUCAGAGAAGACAGCUAGGAGUGUGGCUAGAGGGAAAAGGAGAUUUUGCAAUAGGGGAAAAACAAUCAGCACAGAGAGAUGCAGUCCAGGAGAGAGAAGAAGCAAUCAUUCAGUAGAUGUGGGUGAGGAUGGGGUGAGGCAGAAGAUGAAACCACAGGGCUAAGAGAGAACCAGCUUAAGAAGGGUUAUAGAAGCUGGGCUCAUGCCUGUAACCCUAGCAUCCUGGGAGGCUGGGGAAGGAGGAUUGCAAGUUUGAGCCCAGCCUGGGACAUCUCAGUGAAUUAAGAGGAGGAGCCCACCUCAGAAGAAAACUUAAAAGGUCUUGGGCUGUAGCUCAGUGUGAAGAUCUUGCACUGAAUGCCUAGUGCUGAAAAAAAAUUUUCUGAAUGAAGUCAGAACCAAAGAAGAAGCUGGACCCCCAACUUCACAUCAUUUAAAA